AUGUUUGUAAGACCUUACCCUUAUAGGAAGAAAUUCGUCUUAUUGUCGCCGCUUGAUCUUGUGUCGUCUCGUUUGGUGUCAUUGCUCUUUGGUGUCGUUGUUAUUUGGAGUCAUCGUUCUUUGUUAAAUUUAUCAUCGCCAUCUUACCUUAAGAAAAGUGAAAUCUAUGAUCCUUCUUUACAUUACGACAAGGAAUGGCUCCAUGGAUCAAUAAGAACAAUA